UAACUGAAUUAAUAAAAUGUUGAAAGAGUAAAAGAAGAACUAAAGUAAAUCCAGCAAAACAGCAACAUUAAAAAAGCAAAAAAAGACAAAACGAUCCAACAAUAAGUUUACAAUCAAUUUCUGCAGCAAAAAAAAUAUGUUCCUUAAAUAUUAUUUUUUAAUUUUACUGAUUUGUGUACUACGUAACAUUGCUCCUGUCGCCAGCAAUGCUUUGCGACCCGGUUCUGGUCUAUCUUUAUCGUUGCACAAUUGCAACAAAGAUAAGUUGUUUCAAUUUCCGGAUUUCAAUGCCAUCACAGACUUAAAUGUUCAUCAUUGCUAUAUACCCACCUUGGAGAAUGCAUUUUUCAUACGCUUCACUGCCCUUACCAAUUUGGAAAUCACCGACAGUCAACUGUCGUUUUUGGAAGAUUAUGCUUUUCAUGGUUUAAAACAUUUGCGUUCAUUAUCGUUGGCUCAUAAUAAUUUAACUCAUGUUAAAUCAUGGUCGAACGAACAAAUGUCCUCUUUAAUAAGUUUGGAUUUGAAACGCAACGCCAUAAGGGAACUUACAUUAAAGAGUUUCUCGCGUUAUCCCAAUUUACAGCGUUUAAAUCUGUUGGGUAAUCUUUUGGAAGACAUCGAUGAUGGUAUAUUUCGUUGGAUGCCACAUUUAAAAUAUUUAAAUUUGGGUAGAAAUCGUUUAAUUGCUUUAGAGAAUCGUAACUUUCAUGGCAUGCAUCGUCUGUCGUAUUUGGCUUUGCAUUUUAAUGCCAUCGAAGAUAUUGAGGAUGAAUCGUUUGGCACAAACUCUCACUUGAGGACAUUACGUUUGGAGGGGAAUAAAUUAACGAAUUUGGAUUUUUUGAAAGUUAAAAGUUUAACGCGUUUGCAGCAUUUGAAUUUGUCAUUCAAUGAGUUGGCAACACUGGAUGACAUGACCUUUUCAAAGGAUUUUGAAAUUGUUGAUUUGGAUUUGUCCUAUAACCGUUUAAUGGAAAUACAAGAGGAUGUUUUCCUGGGCUUGGAAGCUUUGGUGUGCAAACAGCAACAAUUGAAAGUGUAA